AUGCCUCUGCCCCAGGCCGUCCGCGACCGCCGUGCCGUCCUCUCAGCCACCGCAGCUGAGACGAAGGCAGCCCUGCCCGCCGUGUUGCACCAGCUCCCAGACAUACGAGCAUCCUUGUCCGAGGAAUUCGUUCUGGACCAAGUCCCAGAGCUCGACCCCGCAGACUGUCCACGGUUCAACAUGUCGUCGGAUUCCGAGUCGAGCGCCACACUCGUCAAGGUCAUCAACAGGGACACUCUUGACGCUGCCAUCAUCAUGGCAGACUCUCUCGUCCAGCCCGACCCUGCUGCCGCGCGCACCCAGAGCGUUGCCAUGCUCAGUCUUGCCUCGGACAAGACUCCAGGCGGCGGCUGGCUUUCUGGUGCCAUGGCCCAAGAGGAAGCCCUCUGCUAUCGCAGCUCUCUUUCCCUUUCCCUGCACGCGUUGUACUAUCCUUGGAGUCCACUAACAGGACUAUACACGCGGGACGUUGUCGUGGUCCGCUCCUCUUUGGACUCAGGCCAUAGGCUUCUCUCCCCACCGACGCCGGCCGCCCAGCUCCCUGUCGUCAGUGUCAUCAGCGUCGCAGCCAUCCGUCGGCCAGCCGUGCGCGUGGCAUCUGUGGCAGACACGGGCCAGGCCGCCGUCUUCAAAUACUCUGCCGACCGACGUCUGACCAAAUCCAAGAUGCGGCUGAUCCUGCGGGUGGCCGCAAAUAAGAAGCACGAGCUGCUAGUCCUGGGCGCUUUCGGAUGCGGCGCCUUUCGGAACCCGCCCGAAGACGUCGCCCGGUGCUGGCUCGAGGUCCUCGGCGAAACUGAAUUCAGCGGCGGCUGGUGGAGAGAGAUCUGGUUCGCCGUUCUCGAUAGCCGUGACGAGGGCAACUUUCGGAUUUUCGAGGGCGUCCUGGGGGGCAAGCGACUGGAAUAA